AAGACCUGGCAUAUAAAGCCGCGCAGAGAGCGUGAAACAAAGCAGUCGGGUCGGAAUUGGGCUUGGGAGGGGAGGUGUGGAUUAGGCUUAAAACUUGUUGGAGGAGAGUAACACGCCUGUCCCUCUCGCUCUCCUCGUCUGAGCCGCGCUUCAAAGGGUUCCCACCAGCCUUGCGAUUUAUUUUUUUAUCUGCUUUUUUAUAUACAGAGAAAUAUAUAUUUUGUUUCUUUUUAAGAGAAAAUUCCCGUUUCAAGAGAAAAUAAGGCAAGAUCAAUGAAGGAGAGAAGAGCCAGCCAGAAAUUAUCUAGUAAAUCUAUCAUGGAUCCUAAUCAGAACGUGAAAUGCAAAAUAGUCGUGGUGGGAGACAGUCAGUGUGGGAAAACCGCCCUGCUGCAUGUGUUCGCCAAGGACUGCUUCCCCGAGAAUUACGUCCCUACAGUGUUUGAGAAUUACACGGCCAGUUUUGAAAUCGACACACAAAGAAUAGAGUUGAGCCUAUGGGACACUUCGGGUUCUCCUUACUAUGACAAGUCCGGCCCCUUUCUUACCCAGAUUUCUGACGCCGUGCUGAUUUGCUUUGACAUCAGUAGACCAGAGACUCUGGAACAGUUGUCCUCAAAAAGGCAAUGGAAAGGUGAAAUUCAGGAGUUUGUCCCAACACCAAAAUGCUUUUGGGUCGGCUGCAAGUCUGAUCUUCGAACAGAUGUUAGUACUUUAGUAGAGCUCUCAAAUCACAGGCAGACACCAGUGUCCUAUGACCAGGGGGCAAAUAUGGCCAAACAGAUUGGAGCGGCUACUUAUAUCGAAUGCUCAGCUUUACAGUCAGAAAAUAGCGUCAGAGACAUUUUUCACGUUGCCACCUUAGCCUGUGUGAACAAGACAAAUAAAAACGUUAAGCGGAACAAAUCACAGAGGACCACAAGCGGAUUAUCACACAUGCCUAGCAGACCAGAACUCUCGACAGUUGCUACGGACUUACGGAAGGACAAAGCGAAGAGCUGCACUGUGAUGUGAGACUUCCGUUGUAUUCCAUGAGGACAAGGGAAUCUAGUGUAAAAAAACAAACAAUGCAAACAAAAAGGUGAAGUCUGAACAAAGUGCCCAGUCAAAGUCACGUAUACUGGGGGCUUGGGAGGCAUUUGAGAGGCUACUCAUCUUUUUGGAAUCCUGUCCUUAGGUUUGGGCCUGUAGACCAAGUGGGUGGGAAGUGAAUACAUUGAAAAGUUUUUGAAAUGUGACUUGAAAAAUAUGCCAAAAAAAAGAGAGAUUCGAAUGGGCUAGAAGUAGAUGAGAAGAAAUGCGAGUACCUCCAAGAAGAAAAAUCACACUCUGAAUGGUGCUUGCGUUUUUGUUUUCUUUGUUACCAUCUACUCAUGGAUCUCUACAUUGAUUUAAUUUUUAAAUGUUUUAAUCUCCUUUACAGAAAGUAUAUAUUAAUAUACCGUCCUCAUUGGGGAACUGGCACUGUGACCUUAGCAUUUAGUUUUCUAGAGGAUGUGAUCUAAUUUCCUCCUAGCUCGUCAUUAAAAUGGAAAUUGUAUCAGGACCCAUGGGGUGUCCAGAAGAAAAACUUUUGAGGCUUUGAAAUAUUGCCUUCCUGAAAAUAGCUGAGCGAGAUGGUUCUUAAAGAAAGGCUUUUGCAGUCUUGCAAGAUACGCAGACCAGCACCACAAAGAUGGAGUAGAUCAAAAAGAAAAAUAAAGUGUCAAUUUUUAUUCAGUCUGAUGGUUCUGUUCAUCAUUGUGAUUGUCAUUACAAAGUGGUAAAUUGCUCAAUGUAAUUUUUUUGUGCACUGUUUAGAAAAGAGGGUGUGUGGUUUUUUGUUUCUGUUUUUGUUUUGGCCAUCGUUGAUAAAAGGCAAAGUCAGAUAAAUGGUGUCUUGGUUUGACAUCAUAGAAUGAUCCAUGGUGGGGAGGGGGGGGAAUGUGUUAGGUACUAUUUUCACCAGAAGAGAUAAUGAAGGAAUAGUAGCAGAAAGCACAGUUUGUGAGUAAAGCUGUCCAGAUUUAAGUCACCAAAAGUACAAAGCAAAAGAUCCUACUAUAUAUUCUGUUGGGGAUGAAGCUCCAAAAUCGGCAGCAUCUGAUGAUGUGUGCUGGUUUAUUUCACUUUUUGUAAAUGAACAUUGAUAAGAGAAGGACCUGCUUACCCAAACUUUUAGAGAGUCCCUAGAGGAAAAUUAUAUAAUGUCAAUCCUGACACGAUACCAGGACAUUUCUUGAGCAUGAUUGCUAAACCUCACUUAACCAACUUCAGCCAAGGCCCAUGUUCAAUACUUGAUUGCUGUUGUUAAAUAAUCAGCAUUUAAAAUAGUUUACAGAUAUUUUUGACCAUUCCUUUUAGAGCUUCUUUCAGAGAAGAAACCAGAUCUGACCUGUUUUAUUAUGGCGCUUGUUGAAAACGAGCUUUCUUUCCAAUGAUAAUGCUUCAUUUUGAAGUGUUAAAGCUGUGCUCCCAUUAAAUUGUGGCAGGAGAGGAGAUUAAGGUAAUUACAAUACAGUUCUAUGUCUUACAAGCACUUUGUUUUGUCUCUGCAAGAAAAUACCAUUCCAGUCAUUUCCCAUGAAAUACAGACAUUUUACCAACAUAAUAUGCUUUGAUUGAUGCAAAAUUAUGCUUUGGGCAGUAUUACAAAAUAGCUGGCAAGUGCUUUCUGUACUUAAAUAUUGUAAAAAGAAAAUAAGUUAUAACUGCUAUAUAACAGAACUUUGGUUGCAUUUUUUUAAAUGUUGAUGUCACUUUGUAUGUUUGUUUGGUCCGUGUUUCUGCAGUAUUUAUUAAACAUACUUUCUUUUCUUCAAAUAAAAAAGUAACCAUG